CAGGGCGUGGCUUCCCGCAGCCCCGGGGAGCCCGGCACCCUUUUCCCGGGGUUUGCACCGGCCCUGGCAGUGCCUCGGCGGACGUCGGGAGGAGAGGGGCUGCGGGAGACCAGCCUGUGGGCCUUCCAAGUCCGGAGUGGGUUCCAGCCCCAAGCCGCUGCGACCCGACCACCCUGGCUCCGGCCUCGAUGCUUAUCAGGAAAGCCAACUUCAAAAGCCGAUAGAAAUGAAUAGCACUAAAAACCUCCCUGGGACCUAUGACUAUGAUCUUAUCAUCAUUGGAGGAGGAUCUGGAGGACUGGCAGCUGCUAAGGAGGCAGCCAAGUAUGACAAGAAGGUAUUAGUCUUGGAUUUUGUCACUCCAACUCCUCUUGGAACUAGAUGGGGUCUUGGAGGAACGUGUGUCAAUGUGGGGUGCAUACCUAAAAAAUUGAUGCACCAAGCAGCUCUGUUAGGGCAAGCCCUAAAAGACUCAGGCACCUAUGGAUGGAAAGUUGAAGACACGGUUCAACAUGACUGGGAAAAGAUGACAGAAGCUGUACAGAAUCAUAUUGGUUCUCUGAACUGGGGCUACAGAGUAGCUCUCCGGGAGAAAAAAGUAACUUAUGAGAAUGCUUAUGGGAAGUUCGUUGGUCCUCAUAGGAUUAAGGCAACAAAUAAUAGAGGCAAAGAAAAAAUUUAUACAGCAGAGCGAUUUCUCAUUGCAACUGGAGAAAGACCACGAUACUUGGGCAUCCCUGGUGACAAAGAUUACUGCAUCAGCAGUGAUGAUCUUUUCUCCUUAUCCUACUGCCCGGGUAAGACCCUGGUGGUUGGAGCAUCCUAUGUUGCUUUGGAAUGUGCUGGAUUCCUUGCUGGUAUUGGUUUGAAUGUUACUGUGAUGGUACGGUCCAUUCUUCUGAGAGGAUUUGACCAAGAUAUGGCCAAUAAAAUUGGUGAACACAUGGAAGAACAUGGUAUCAAGUUUAUAAAACAGUUUGUACCAACUAAAAUUGAGCAAAUUGAAGCAGGAACACCAGGACGACUCCGGGUAAUAGCUAAGUCCACUAACAGUGAAGAGACCAUUGAGGGAGAGUACAAUACGGUGUUGUUGGCAAUAGGAAGAGACUCUUGUACAAGAAAUAUUGGCUUAGAAACCGUGGGAGUGAAGAUAAAUGAAAAGACUGGAAAAAUUCCAGUCACAGAUGAAGAGCAGACCAACGUGCCUUACAUCUAUGCCAUUGGUGAUAUAUUGGAGGGAAAGCUGGAGCUCACACCAGUGGCUAUCCAGGCAGGCAGAUUGCUGGCUCAAAGGCUUUAUGCUGGCUCCACUGUGAAGUGUGACUAUGAAAAUGUUCCAACAACUGUUUUCACUCCUUUGGAAUAUGGCUCUUGUGGGCUUUCUGAAGAGAAAGCUAUAGAGAAAUUUGGGGAAGAAAAUAUUGAAGUUUACCAUAGUUUCUUUUGGCCAUUGGAAUGGACACUUCCAUCAAGAGAUAACAAUAGGUGUUAUGCAAAAGUAAUCUGCAAUCUUAAAGACAGUGAACGUGUUGUAGGCUUUCAUAUCCUGGGUCCAAACGCUGGAGAAGUGACCCAGGGCUUUGCAGCUGCACUCAAGUGUGGGCUGACCAAAGCACAACUGGACAGCACAAUUGGAAUCCACCCUGUCUGUGCAGAGAUAUUCACAACGUUGUCCGUGACCAAACGCUCUGGGGGAAACAUCCUCCAGACCGGCUGCUGAGGUUAAGCCCCAGUGUAGAUGCUCUUGCCAAAACUGCAAACCACUGACUUGUAUCCUUGCCCACAUCCAAGGUGAAGUCUUCAGAAAGUCUCUUGGCACUUGUGCAGGGUGCUGCAUGUACUGGCUCCUGAGGCCUGGGGUUUCCGGGCAGGAGGUGGUGAGUGGAAGGCAAGCAGCGUCACACUGGGGUCACCGUAACGGACUCAAGCUGACUCUCGGCAGUGCAUCAGAGGGAUGCGUCCAUGAAGUCACCAGCCUCAAGCCCAAGGGGUGGGCAGUGAUGGACCAGCUGCCGACUCAGUUCAGCAUGGCCUUUUCUUCAUAGGUUUUCUUACUCUCAUUUUCAAGCUAGUGAAUGUUGAUUAUAUGUUUCUCUUUUCUCCAGGGGGUUAAUGAUUCUAGAGAUGAAAGGAAAUAGCAAUCAAUUUUUGUCAUAAAGCAAGUCACAACUACAAUAUCCAAAUACAGUGUUUGGUUGAGUAGGCUUGUCUGUGAAAGAGGAUGCUGGAUGACUAACAGUGUAUGCUUCCAUUUUUCUGACUGGUUCACAUUGUCUCCUUUAAAAGUUAUGUCUAGACAGGUGAAACUGAAUGACUCAGCAAAUUCACCCCCAUUGCAGCGUCACUGAUUGUUACUACCAAAUUCUGUUGAGGAAGGGAAGCGGGGUUCAGUCAGCCCACUCAGAGCGGUCUGUCGUCUGUCCUGCAGCUCCUAGUGUCAGCAUUCCUACAGUCAGACAUCAUAGAGCCAGAGGGGAAAACAGCAACUGUCUCACUCGAUGUAGUGUCUCGUGCAUUGAGUUAAGUGAGCUGAGAUCAUUCGCAAUGGAAACACUUGGCUUAAAACUUUUUGUUUUGUUUGGUGGGUUUAGCUUUCAACUAAAAUCACAAAAUACUGUGGCUUUAUUUUUUGUUGCGGUGCAUAUCUUUCUAUCUCUUGCUAAGAACUACAUUCAUCAAAAAGUAGGUCUUUCCAUGCUUAGUGAUUUAAAUCUUUUGUGGUAAUUGCUUUAAGGAUGUUAAUACCAUAAAUUAUUAUUUUUGAACACAGGUGGAUGUGAAGGAUUUUCAUUUAAAACCGAGUGGUUUUCUCUUUUUCUGUUGGAGAUGAUAAAAAUUUGGCACAAGUGUGUAUAGAUUUCACCUUGUAUUUGGACAAGGAGGAGUUUACUCCUCAGGUACUUGUGUACAAGUGUGCUGGCUAUGGUUAUUUCAGCCGUAAGUUGGGCUGCAAACACAUUCUGUGGAAAUCGGACCUCCUGCCGGUGGUUCUUAUAGCUCCUUUCUGUACCCUUCCUCUCCGGUUGCAUCUCUGCUGCUGCAUGGAGUGGUCAUUUCACAGUGUAUUUAUGAGCCACCUCAGGGCACCCACGUGUCUACCAGUUAGCAGAACCUGAAGCUGCCUCACAGGCUCCACCUCACGGCUUUCCCCUCUGCAGAUGAAGACAAUGGGAGGGGAAGAGGGGAACUGAUGGAUGGGCUUGUGUUGAGUUUUAUUUAUUUUUAAUCCCUCUCCUCAAGUCUGCAGUCUCUGAGGUUAGAACAGUGGGGCAGUAUGAGAUAAUCGUGCCUAAUCAUGUUGUGAUUCUUUCCUAGCAGAAUGGAAUGUUCUGCUCCCACAAGAAGGGUUAGACUUCAUAGACUUGUCUUAUUUAGGUUCAUAAUUGCCCACUGUACUGUAAUUCAUAUUUCAGUUCCAUGUAUUUUUGUUACACAUUUUCUAAAAUAAUAAAACAAUGUGAAACAUUUAAA